AUGCUGAAGAAGAUGGGGGAGGCCGUGGCCAGAGUUGCUCGGAAGGUCAAUGAGACGGUGGAGAGCGGCUCCGACACCCUGGACCUGGCUGAGUGCAAGCUGGUCUCCUUCCCCAUCGGCAUCUACAAGGUUUUGCGGAAUGUCUCCGACCAGAUCCACCUCGUCACGUUGGCCAACAAUGAGCUCAAGUCCCUCACCAGCAAGUUCAUGACCACCUUCAGUCAGCUCCGAGAGCUCCGCCUGGAAGGGAACUUCCUGCACCGGCUCCCCAACGAGGUCAGCGCCCUGCAGCAUCUCAAGGCGAUCGACCUGUCCCGGAACCAGUUCCAGGACUUCCCCGAGCAGCUCACCACCCUGCCGGCGCUGGAGACCAUCAACUUGGAAGAGAAUGAGAUCGUGGAUGUCCCCGUGGAGAAGCUGGCUGCCAUGCCAGCCUUACGAAGCAUCAACCUCCGUUUCAACCCGCUUAACGCCGAGGUGCGCGUCAUAGCCCCACCGCUCAUCAAGUUCGACAUGCUCAUGUCUCCGGAGGGUGCACGGGCACCCCCACCCUAG